CGUUCGGGGAGCACGCUAUUCGCACAAUAAGUAUCUAAGACCGUUCGAGGAGACGCUUUGUGGCGCUAUAAAAUCGAUAAUGACAUCACUCUCAAAGCAGCGUGACGUCAUUAUUCGCGCAAUUUUUCGCUAUCAUUUUCGAGAUGAAAACGACGUGACAUAUACAAUAAAAGUAUCGCCAAAUGAUGCAGCGCGUGCAGAAAAUGAUACGAUAUUUGCUACUUAUCUUCUAAAAAGAGCAAAAUCACAAGAUUCAGAUUUUGAUGCAGCAAGUCUUUCAAUGGAGUCUUCCAAUUCUGAGGAUAAUAAUGAAUCAAUGUUUAAAUGGUCUCAUGCGGCAAUUCUAUUGCUGGUAGAAAAGUAUCGGCUGCAAGAAAAUAACAUUGUAUCGGGUAAAAUGUCCCAGAAAAAAGUAUGGAAUAAUAUUGCAUCAGCAUUAUCUGUUAAAGGCUAUAAUGUCACUGGACCUCAAUGUCUUUCAAAAUUUCACGGAAUGAAACGAACUUAUAAAUCUAUAAAAGAUCACAAUAGCAAAUCAGGGAAUAAUCUUAGAACAUGGCCUUAUAUGGAAGUCAUGGAAUCUUUGCUUGGUGAACGACCUUUUAUGUCGCCUCCAGCAAUAGCCUCUUCAAGCAGUAUGUGUUCUAAUUCCAGAUCUAAUAGAGAAUCUAACUUAUCAAAUGCAAAUAUAUGUAACAAUGCAAACUCAAAACAACAGUGA